UCAAGUUUCCUCUAUCAGAUACACUCAUAUACUCGAAUCUUCUUAUUCUACUUCCAGAUCUGAUCUUCGUCUUUUGUGUAAUUACCACAGAUCCGAGGAUUCUCUGAUUUUCACAGAUUUGGAAAACGUACGGGAGAAUUUUGUUUGAGGAGGUUUUUAGGAUUUGAUCUCUCUUUGGUGUAAUUCAACAAUGGCUGCUCCAGUGCCUCCAGGAGCACAAAGACCCAACAAUCCGCAAAACUCAGCUCCUCCUCCAAAUUUCGUCCCUGGUUCACAAGGGAACCCCAAUUCGUUAGCUGCUAAUAUGCAAAACUUGAACAUUCACCGGCCACCUCCUCCCAUGCCCGGUUCAGGUCCUAGACCAUCUCCACCUUUUGGUCAGUCACCACCACAACCUUUUCCUCAGUCAGCUCCUUCUUACGGUGUUCAGCAACAACAACAACAACCUAGACCUUCUCCAAUGGCUAGGCCUGGACCUCCUCCUCCUGCAAUGACUAGACCAGGUGGGCCUCCUCAAGUAUCGCAACCUGGCGGGUUUCCAUUAGGAAGACCCGGUGGUCCACCACCUCCUGGUCAGUCACUGUUUGGCUCUAGACCACCGGGUGGGCCAAUGCCUGGUGGUGGGUCGUUUCCGCAGCCUGGUGGUGGUUCAUUUCCGCAGCCUGGUGGUUUCGCACCUUCAGGACCACCAGGCGGUGUAGCUGCAGCUCCUCCUUCAGGAGCACGUCCUAUUGGUUUUGGUUCACCUCCAACUAUGGGACCUGGCAUGUCCAUGCCUCCUCCUGGUAUGCCUGGCGGUCCGGUGACUAAUGGGCCUCCGAUGAUGGGUCCAGGUCCCAGAGGACCCCAGUUCACAGGUGGUGCUAUGAUGGGUCCGCCACCUCCCUAUGGACUGCCACCCAAUGGACCUCCUCUCUCGGGAGGUUCACCAUUAACUUCGCCUCCGGCUCAUUCAAUGCCUCCGCCAACUACUUUUCCUGGUGCCCCUUAUGGUAGACCCGGAGGCUUUCCUUAUGGACAGCCACCACCACAGCAGCACCCUCCUCCUCCUGGUACUCCUGGUUCAGUAUAUGGCAUGGGUCCAGUGCCAAAUCAGUCCAUGACCGCUGUUUCUAGCCCCUCGAAGAUUGAUCUUAAUCAGAUCCCAAGGCCAGGUUCAAGCUCCAGCCCAAUCGUGUUUGAAACUCGCCAGGAGAAUCAGGCUAAUCCUCCACCUCCUACUACUGUUGAUUAUAUUGCUAGAGACACUGGAAAUUGCAACCCGCGUUACAUGCGAUGCACAAUCCAUCAGAUCCCAUGUACUGCUGAUCUUCUUUCUACAUCCGGUAUGCAACUGGCGUUAAUAGUCCAACCGAUGGCGCUUUCGCAUCCAUCAGAAGAGCCUAUCCAAGUUGUGGACUUUGGUGAGAGUGGCCCUGUUAGAUGUUCACGUUGUAAGGGAUACAUAAAUCCUUUCAUGAAGUUCGUUGAUCACGGAAAGAAGUUCAUUUGUAACUUGUGUGGAUUCACUGAUGAAACUCCCCGUGACUACACGUGUAAUCUGGGUCCAGAUGGUAGACGCAGGGAUGCUGAUGAAAGGCCUGAGCUGUGUAGGGGAACUGUCGACUUUGUUGCUACAAAAGAAUAUAUGAUACGGGAUCCAAUGCCAGCAGUGUAUUUCUUCCUCAUUGAUGUCUCAAUGAAUGCGAUUCAAACGGGUGCAACUGCAGCUGCUUGCAGUGCCAUCCAGCAAGUCCUCGCAGACCUUCCUGAAGGUCCUAGGACAUUUGUUGGAAUUGCCACAUUUGACUCAACAAUACACUUUUAUAAUUUGAAACGGGCACUGCAACAGCCGUUGAUGCUCAUUGUUCCUGAUGUUCAAGAUGUUUAUACACCUUUAGAAACAGAUGUCAUUGUUCAGCUAUCUGAAUGCCGUCAACACCUGGAGAUUUUGCUGGAAAGUAUCCCAACAAUGUUUCAGGAAAGUAAGAGUCCUGAAUCCGCUUUUGGUGCAGCAGUUAAGGCCGCAUUCUUAGCGAUGAAGAGCACUGGAGGAAAGCUCAUGGUGUUUCAAUCAGUUUUGCCAUCUGUUGGCAUUGGAGCACUCUCUUCUAGAGAGGCCGAUGGGAGAGCUAAUGCCUCUGCAGAUGAAAAGGAGGCCCAUAAAUUACUACAACCAGCAGACAAAACUUUAAGGACCAUGGCUAUUGAAUUUGCUGAAUACCAGGUCUGUGUAGAUUUAUUUAUUACAACUCAAGCCUAUGUUGACAUGGCUUCAAUUUCCGACAUCCCAAGAACUACUGGAGGACAGGUUUAUUGCUACUAUCCAUUCUCAGCUCUUUCAGAUCCUCCCAAGCUAUACAACGAUCUGAGAUGGAAUAUCACUAGGCCCCAGGGUUUUGAGGCUGUCAUGCGAGUCAGAUGCAGUCAGGGUAUUCAAGUGCAAGAAUACUCAGGGAACUUCUGUAAACGCAUACCAACUGACAUCGAUUUACCUGCGAUUGACUGUGACAAAGCUGUAUUGGUGACAUUAAAGCAUGAUGACAAGCUACAAGAUGGAGCUGAAUGUGCCUUCCAGUGUGCCCUUUUGUAUACAACGAUAUCUGGAGAAAGAAGAAUUAGGGUUAUUAAUUUAUCGCUCCCAUGUACAAGCUUGCUCAGUAACUUGUUCCGCUCAGCUGACCUAGAUUCUCAGUUUGCUUGUAUGCUGAAACAAGUGGCGAAUGAGAUCCCUUCCAAGGCACUUCCAUUGGUAAAGGAUCAAGCUAUUAAUAGCUGCAUCAGCACACUCCAUUCCUAUCGGAAAAACUGUGCUACAGUUACAUCAACUGGACAACUUAUUCUUCCUGAAGCACUCAAGCUUCUGCCGCUAUAUACUCUCGCCUUAAGCAAAGGUGUCGGAUUACGGCCCGAUGGGAGAAUUGAUGACCGAUCAUUUUGGAUAAACCAUGUGUCUUCGUUGUCUACUCCUUUAGCCAUUCCACUAGUAUAUCCAAGGAUGAUUUCUGUUCAUAACCUUGAAGCAAAGGAUAAUGAAGAAACUGUGGUUCCUUCUCCAAUCCCAUUGUCAAGUGCACACCUUAGCGAUGAAGGAGUCUAUUUUCUUGAGAACGGUGAUGAUGGUUUGAUAUAUAUUGGGGACUCUGUAAAUUCAGAUAUCCUGCAGAAACUCUUUGAUGUUUCCUCAGCUGCUGACAUUCCAAGUCAGUAUGUGCUGCAGAGGUACGAUAAUCAGCUAUCGAAAAAGUUCAAUGACGUUGUGAAUGAAAUAAGGAGGCAAAGAAGUUCUUACCUACGCCUGAAAUUGUGCAAGAAGGGAGAUCCAACAGGAAUGUUGUUCCUAUCGUAUAUGGUAGAGGACAAGACAUCGGGUGGGCCCUCGUACGUGGAGUUUCUGGUUGAAGUUCACCGUCAAAUCCAGCACAAACUGAACUGAGACUCAUAUGUUUCAUGUCUUCAAAAAUUUUAGAUUAGAAGAGCUUAAAAGCAGCAGAGAAAAGACAAA